CAUUCAAUGUAAAUUGUGAUAAUCGUAAUUAAUAAUCGCAAUUAUAAUUUCAAGGCAAUAAUCGACAAUUAUGAUUUUUGUCAUAAUCGUGCAGCCCUAGUCUGAAAAGAGACCACUAGGUGUUGAGUUCCAGCCUCGCCCCCUUUGACUGAGAGGGAAAGAAGGUCUCAAUCUCUGUUCCCUGGAGAAGACCGGCUCGGCUGGUAGAACCAGUCACGAUAGCGGGUCGGCGACAGAGAUGCACUCUAUGUGUUUACUAGAGACACAAAAAAGGCAGAAAUCUGAUAUCAGCCUUACGAGAGAGAGAUCGAGGGCUGAAGAGUGUUUCUGAACAUGUUUUGGGGAUGUUAGAUGACUUGCUGACUUGGUUGUGCACGAUUCACGAAAGCUAAAAAUGGGCCGAUCGCAGCACUGACUUGUUGCUCACAUUGGCUGGUGACGGGGAGUAAUUCAACACCAGAUUGAGAAUGGGUGGAGAUAGCAGAGAUAUGUCAGAACUUGACGCAAAGAGCCGAUGGACUGAGGGUGUGUGAGAGAGACAGGCACAGGCGGGUGACUGUAUUCUAGGACUUCCGAAAGCCUCCAGGAUCCACAGCAAUGAUUCCUCCAUGGAGUAUCCUGCUUUUCUGACGUAUGGCGGCUAAAAAGAGUUAAAUAGUUUCGAGGCAUGAAGAAGAACCUCAACUAUUUGAAUAAUUCACCGAAAUCCUCCUCCACGAAACUCAGAGGAGCUGACAGUUAUUCUCUACACACCAACAUGCACUUUGUUUGGUAGAAGAAGGAUAUCAUUGGGUUUCAAUCAUGUCAAACUCUCAAGAGCAGAGCCUCAACGAGAACGCCGUCUUCGCUCCGUUGACCGAGUCCAGUCCAGACUUCUUGCACAGCGAGGAAGAGCGCUAUUGUGUGGAGAGCCUGGUGAGCUCCGGUCCUGAGGCCUUCUACACCACUCUCCAGCAGGAACAAGUGGGAUCGUUCUUGUCCACCGGCGAGGUCAACCAGAUCUCCAGCUGGGUCGAGGACUAUCGUGAGAGCGAUGCGGUCCUGGAGGAUGGAAACGGUGAGGUGGAGGUCGGUUCUGAGGGCGACGACUUCUCCGGACAUUAUUUCCCCACAGAGUCUGACACUCCGGCUCCGUGCUUGGAACUCGGAUGGCCGGAAAGGUACAGCUGGAUGGACAUGGGUCGAGUUGAAGUAUACACCAAUCCUCCUGUAGAGCAGGAGGCCUCCAUACGAGUAGUGCUCAGGAGACUCUUACAAGGAGCCACUAGGCUGAUUGCCAUUGUCACAGAUAAAUUGUCGGAUAACGCGGUGAUCGGUGACCUCCGAACCGCUGCAUCCCGAGGGGUCCCGGUGUACAUCAUCCUCAACAGGAGAUCCGCGGAGGAGCACUGCUCAUCGCACCAGCUUCAACAUCCGAACAUCAUGGUGCGCGUUCUCGGAGGUAAAACGUUCCUGACGCGUGACACGAAGAUGGUUGUCGGAGAGCUGAAGAACAACUUUGUGUUGGUGGAUCUGGAGACGGUGAUGAUGGGGAGCUACAGUCUAACCUGGAGCGAUGCUCACCUGCAUCGUCAGCUCGUCACCGUUCUGAGCGGCCCGGUUGUGGAAUCUUUCGAUCGAGAGUUUCGGAUCCUCUAUGCCGCCUCGCUUCCAAUCCCGGAUGCAUGGAAAACUGGAAAACCAGCGACAGAACCCCGAAUACAUAAAAAACCCCUCAACAUAAACAGCAACAAAAUUGAACUUGGCGAGUUCAUCUCCAAUCCCCCGCCUCCUCCUAUUGACAGUGUUCUGGAUUGGGAGGCGAUGGGGGUCAUCCGGAGAUUCACGGACAGUCCACCUGAUGAUGGGGAGUUGCAGUUCUAUCAUCGACCCCUCUUGGACAGACGUCAGGGAGGAUGGGAGCUCCCCUACAAUGACUUUAACAGCAGACUUCUGACUGGGCAUCAGGAGGAGGGCAAGUUCAAUUCAAUGUUUCUGUCAGACUUCAGGCAUCCGGAAUAUCAAAUACAAAGGCGGCAUUACUCUCCAGGAGAAACAGUGAACAGGCAUUCACAGAUGCCUGACAGAACCACGUAUCCUCCGCUGAAUCCUGAAAACGAGGAGAGGUAUCCUGUGUACAAAUCCCGCAACAUGGCAUCAGAGGAAGAGAUGAGACGAGAGCCUUUCCUGAUAAGAGACAUGAUGGCAAACCCAGAAGGAACCACUCAAGCCAAUCUCAAGAAACCAUCAGAUCUUUCCCGGAGCAAGACUUUCAGCACUUUGAGUGACAUUCUCAAACGGGUCAACUCGCGUCGCACUUCUUUAGGACAGACGAGGACAGAAAACCCGACGCCGGGCAUCAGCAAAUCCACACUGGAGCUCAACAUACAUCGUUCAGACACGCCGUCAAACGCUCGAACCACCAACUGUGAUAAUCUGCCUCUGACUCCAGCUCUGGCACUUAUGAAAAAGAGGAACGAUGAAGUCAAGUCUGGACUGUUGAGGAACAUGCCCAGUGUGUUUUCACCGGGAUUCAGACCUUCCAGUUUCAGCCAGCAGAGGGAGCCAUGGAGGCCUCCGUUCAGGAGCCAUAGGAGUGAGGAGGAGCACUGAAGUCAUGCAGGAAACCCCACACAAUGACAUCAACAGUAUUUAAAUAUGUAAAUGUUACUGUAAUAAGCAGGGCUGCGGGUACAAAGGGAGUUAAAUAAAUAUUCAUCAGGAAUGAUGUCACACUUGAAGAAUAAGUCUAUUAAUAUAUGUGAUGGACUCAUGAUGUAUGAACUGUCAUGUUUUCUCAAUGAAAAGGGAAUGUAAAUGUCGACCAUUUAAUAUAUACCUUCAUUUAUAAAAAUCAAAUACCACAAAGAAUAUGAGAGACUGGCU